AUGUCGUAUCAUGUUGCUUUAGAAUACUUUGAAAUUAAUCGCCUUCAUUGGUUUUCAGUUUGUGAUGAAAGAGAAUUUGCUUGCGAUGAUGGAUCAUGUAUUCCCGCUGCAGACAGAUGCAAUAGAAUCGAAGAUUGCCCAGCUGGAGAAGAUGAACUCGAUUGUCAAAACGAUGAGUGCGAAGAUGGCUAUCAGUGCGACGAUGGUAGAUGUUUAGAUAUGGAUAGACGUUGUGAUCGUAAACAUGAUUGUCCUGGUGGCGAAGACGAAGAAGAUUGUGAUGAAGCUUGCGGUUCUCAUCAAUGGCAAUGUGAUUAUGGUAACUGUAUUUCACUAACCAAGCGUUGUGAUGGUAACAUCGAUUGUCCUGAAGACAUGUCGGAUGAAAGAAACUGUCCGAAAGAGGUCGAAGCGCAAGAGGGAAAUUGUAGCUUAGGCUACAGGAAAUGUGCUGACAAUAUUCAAUGUAUUCCUGAACAAUUUUGGUGUAAUGGAUUAGUUGAUUGCAAAGAUCAUUCUGACGAGGCGCAUUGCCCAUGCACGGUCGAUGAGUACACAUGUAAAAGUGGUAGUUGUAUCCCACAACUGGCAGUAUGUGACAGUGCCAAGGAUUGUCCUGAUGGUGACGAUGAAGAAAAUUGCGAAUGUGCACGCAACGAAUUCAAAUGUGUUCGUGGCGGAUUGUGCAUUCCAUUAGAAAAGAAGUGCGAUGGAGAUUACGAUUGUCUCGAUGAAAGCGAUGAAUAUACAUGUGCAAAAACCACUGUCAAGCCACAUCUUAAAUCAUUGGAUAAAACUUUGGAUAGUAAAGCGCACAGUAGAAAUCAUUUUGGAAAGGGAUGUAAAGAAGGUGAAUUCCAAUGUGAAUCGGAUGGAGUUUGUAUCGUUGGUUACAAAGUUUGCAAUGACUACAACGACUGUACUGAUCAUUCAGAUGAGAAAUAUUGCGAAGAUUUUGAAAGUGGGGACUAUCUUGAUCAAGAAAACCAAUGUGAAGUCAAUGAAAUCUCAUGUGACGGUAACAAAUGUCUCCCAGCUGCAUAUAAAUGCGAUCAAACUGUUGAUUGUGAAGAUGGAACUGACGAAGCCGAUUGUGAUCCACAAGAAAAUUGUCGCGAAAAUGAAUUCCAAUGCGAAAAUCAAGAAUGCGUUGAUAUUCGCGAUCGUUGUAACGGCUUUCAAGAUUGUUCAGACAAUUCGGACGAAACAAAUUGUGUCAGUUGCGGUGCCAACACUUUCCAUUGUCGAGUCAGUCAAGAAUGUAUUCAAGACUAUAAACAAUGUGACGGAAGUUAUGAUUGUGCUGACAAUACCGACGAGGAAGGAUGUUCACGAAGCGACACAACUGAAAGUCCUCAAGGAUCACAGGAAUGUUCAAGUCAUGAGUGGCAGUGCCGUAAUGGCGAGUGUAUCAAUUCUGAGUUUGUCUGUGAUGUGACAGUCGAUUGUGUCGACUCGUCAGAUGAAGACGAAGCAUUCUGUAAUCAAUAUCGUGGAAAAACUGAGAUCGAUAAUGAAAUCGAUGACAGAGAUCCAGUCGAUACAUCAACCGAUCAUUGUCAAGAUGAUGAAUUCUAUUGUGGUGGAAGAUGCAUUGAGUCAGAGAAAGUUUGCGAUGGUGUUCCUGAUUGUGUUGAUUAUAGCGAUGAAUACAAUUGUCCACCAACAGAACAAUCAUCAGUCAAACCAGCAUGUCCUGAAGAUGAAUGUAAUGAUGGCACAUGUAUCUACAAAUCACAAAUGUGUGACGGUCAAAGGGAUUGUGCAGGAGGUGAAGACGAAAACGAUUGUCCUUGCCGUGAUGAUGAAUUCCAAUGCAGAGAUGGAGUCUGCAUUCCAGCGGACCAAAGAUGUAAUCGUCGCUAUGAUUGUAGCGACGGUUCUGACGAACAAGAUUGUCCAAGUCCAAGGGAACAACAAAGAUGUCGACCAGGAGAAUUCCAAUGUAACACCGGCGAAUGUAUCAGUGACAGCAGAAAAUGUGAUCGACAUGUUGAUUGCCGAGAUGGAAGCGAUGAGAAUGAUUGUCCUCAUAUCCACUCGCACAUUUUUAAUCGCACUGAAGAAUCAAGAGAUCCAUACUAUCCACCAAUCACACGACCACUCACCACAACAACUCCACAACCACGUUAUGAAUCGCGAAACUUUUGUUCGAGAGAAGAAUGGCUUUGUGGAUCUGGCGAAUGUAUUCCAUUGAAUGCUAAAUGUGACGGUCGCUAUGACUGUCGUGACUUCUCAGACGAAAAAAGCUGUCAAAUCGAGAGUAGGGAAUGUGAUCGAAACAUGUUUAGAUGUGAGAAUGGACCAUGUAUUCCCGAAUCGUUGCGAUGUAAUGGUAAUGUUGACUGUCCCUUCGACACAUCUGAUGAACUCGAUUGCCCUCGCAGUCAACCACGACCUGAUUCUGGAGUUGGAUUGAACUUGAAGACAUAUCCAAAUGAACAAAUCAUUAAAGAAAGUCGCGAAGUCGUCUUCCAAUGUCGUGAUGAAGGUCCAAUUCGUGCGAGAGUUCAUUGGGUUCGUAGAAACAAUCGUCAACUUCCACCUGGCACUCGGGAUCUUAAUGGACGUUUAGAAAUUCCAAACAUUCUUGUUGACCAAGGCGGUGAAUAUAUUUGUGAAGCUGUCGGAUAUCCAAAGUCAACUCCUGGAAGUUCAGUGUCUGUGUUCUUGACAGUUGAGAAAUAUAAUCGAACUGACUAUAUCGUACCGUUAGCUUGCGGCCCAAAUCAAGCAACAUGCAUGAACGGUGAUUGUAUUGCAAAAUCAAAGAUCUGCGAUGGAGUUUUCGAUUGUACUGAUGGCUCAGAUGAGAACAGUUGCAGUUCAGGACGUUGUGAACCAAACGAAUUCAAAUGUAACAACAGAAAAUGCGUUUUGAAGACAUGGCGAUGUGAUGGUGAAAAUGAUUGCGGUGAUAAUUCUGAUGAAGAUGGUUGUGGAGCGUCACAAAUUGGAGUUGGGUCUUGUCGCUUCGAUGAAUUCCAAUGUGCUAAUCGUCAAUGUAUUCCAAAAUCAUUCCAAUGCGACUCACAAUCGGAUUGUAGCGACAACACAGAUGAAAUCGGUUGCAUUGCACCAGCAGUUAUCACGCCACCACCACCAAUGGUUCGUCUUCAAGCUGGGGUUGUUUUUAACAUCACUUGUCGUGCUACUGGAAAUCCAAUUCCUUUAGUUGUCUGGCGUUUGAAUUGGGGACAUAUUCCUGAGAAAUGUCAAACAACAAGUGACAAUGGCUUCGGUACACUCACAUGUCCUGAUAUUCAACCAAUUGAUUCCGGCGCUUACUCUUGUGAAAUCAUCAACAGCAUGGGAACGCACUUCGUUUCACCUGACACAAUUUUAGUUGUAGCUGGGCGACAACAAGAAGACGUUUGCCCAGUUGGAUUGUUCAACAAAAAUGCAAUUCGUCGUGAAGAAUGUAUCAACUGCUUCUGCUUCGGUGUCAGCACACAAUGCAAGAGUGCUGAUCUCUACUCGUAUCUUUUGAAUCCACCAGUAACAUCACAAACUGUCGUUGGUGUUGAUGGUCCAUGGAAUGGCUUAUCAGACAUUUCUGUCGGCGAAUACGAUAGUCACAGAUUAACUUCAACACGUCAUGGAGUUAAUUUCCGUGCCGCUGACAUUCCAGCAGCAGCUAAUCGUGUUUAUCCUUAUCUUUCACUUCCAUCUGAAUACACUGGAAAUCAAUUGAAAUCUUACGGCGGAUUUUUACGUUAUGAAGUUGAAUUCAGUGGUCGUGGUGGAUCAAAUGACAUUCCUGAUGUUAUCAUUCAAGGCAAUGGUUAUACUCUCACUUAUCGUGUGCCAAACCGCUUGUAUCCCAACUCGAGAAACAACAUCACUGUUGGUCUUACAGCUAACAAUCUUUAUAAGAUUGAUGGAAGUUACGCAUCAAGAGAAGAAGUCAUGAUGGUGCUUGCUAACGUCGACACCAUUCUUGUGAAACUUCAAUACAUCGAUGAUGGUGAAAGAGAUGUUGAAUUGUUACAUGUAACAAUGGAUUCGGCAGCACUCAGAGACAUGGGCUUAGGAUCUGCUUCAUUAGUUGAAGAAUGUCGUUGUCCAGCUGGAUAUGUCGGAUUGUCAUGUGAAACUUGUGACGUUGGAUAUGUAAGACAACAAACGGGACCAUGGUUGGGUCGUUGUGUUCGUGAAGAAGAACCAUGCCGACCUGGAACGUACGGUGAUCCAAGUCGAGGAAUUUCAUGCAAACCAUGUCCAUGCCCAGUUCCUGGUCAAUCACGUGCUAGAACAUGUUCAAUGGACACAUACGGAAAUGUUAUUUGUAAUUGCGAUCGUGGUUAUAGCGGCCAACGUUGCGAAGAAUGCGCACCUGGUUACAUGGGCAAUCCAUUAUCAAGCCAAGGAUGCAUUCCUCGACCAACUUCAGAUUGUAAUCCUUAUGGAACUGAAAGAGUUCGUCCCGAUGGACGUUGUGAAUGCAAAAUUUAUGUUACUGGUGCUCGUUGUGAUCAAUGCUCAGCUGAAGCUUUCUACUUAGGUCCAAGUGGAUGCAUCAAUUGCUUCUGUAUGGGAGUUACAAGUCAAUGUACCAGCUCAAACUUGUAUCGUGACUCAGUUCGGUCAUCAUUCACAUCACAACAAUCCGACUUUGCUUUGGUUUCUGGUUACGAUGAGCCAACAAGUAUUGCUGAUCGUCUUCGUGUUGAAAAUCGUGAAGUUGCUUAUCGUAACUUCGCUGUCACUGAUGAAACUUAUUACUGGAGUCUUCCUCCAAGCUUCCUUGGAAACAAAUUGUCUGCUUAUGGUGGAAAUCUCACUUACACUGUUCGUUACACACCCCAGCCAUCAGGUGGCGCUUCAAGAAGCAAUUCACCAGACAUUGUAAUUGUCAGUGGAAAUGAAAUCACAUUGCAUCACUACCGACAAGAUAGUUUGCCACCAACAGGAUCUCAAACAUUUGAAGUUCCAAUGUAUGAAGAUUACUGGCAACAUUACUCCGAUGGAACGUCAGCAAAUCGUGAACAUUUAUUGAUGGCUUUGGCAAAUGUCACUGCAAUCUACAUCAAAGCUACAUACACAACAGUCGCUGAAGAAGCUGGUUUAUCUCAAGUUGAAUUGGAUAUCGCAUCGGAACAGAAUUAUGGAUCAAAUCAACGUGCAUGGGAAGUUGAACAAUGUACAUGUCCACUUGGUCACCAAGGAUUGUCAUGUGAAGAUUGCUCCCCUGGAUAUUACAAAGGAGAACAAGGCUUGUAUUUGGGACUUUGUGAACCAUGUUUCUGUAAUGGGCAUUCUGAUGAAUGUGAUUCAAAGACCGGAAUCUGCAGAGGUUGUCGUGACAACACUUAUGGUGAUAACUGCGAAUUGUGCUUGCCAGGAUUCUUCGGAAACGCAACAUCCGGUGGAUGCAUUCCAUCAGAUGGUUCUGUGCGAUGUGACGAUUGUGAUGUUGAAGGAACAUCGUCUUGUGACAUUCGACGAGGAACAUGUAAUUGCAAACCAAAUGUUGUCGGUUCCAGAUGUGAUCAAUGUCGUGAAGGAACAUUCGGGCUUUCAGAACUUAAUGAUUAUGGAUGUCGUGAAUGUUUCUGCUCAGGAACAACUUCAUACUGUUCAGCUGGCAUUUACUUCCGAGAUGAAAUUCCACUCUUCAUCAUUGACGAACAAAAUCGUUUCUCUUUGACUGAUCGUGAUGGAAACAACGCUUUGCCUGAAGAUUUUGAGAGAAACAUCGAUGAGAAUGAAAUUGUUUAUCGAUUCAAUGACGAUUCAAGCUUGUAUUAUUGGAAUCUUCCUCAAAAAUUAACUGGCAACUUGGUUUUGUCUUAUGGUGGACAUCUUCAAAUAACACAACACACUGAGGGCACUGGCAGAUAUACUGACGAUCAAGACAUCAUCAUCAAAGGAAAUGGAAUCACUUUGUUCUAUGUCAGACCAAAUUACGAACAAGUUACUUAUCGUGUUCCAUUUGUUGAAAGCAGCUGGCAAACACAGAACCAGAAUGGACCGCAUCCAGCAUCUCGCGCUGACUUGCUUACAGCUUUAUCAAAUGUUGAAAGUAUUUUGGUUCGUGCAUCGUUGAGAUCUUACACAGCUGAGUCUAGAAUCAGUGACAUCAUCCUUGAAACUGCUGUAACACAACGAACGUCUUAUGGACGAGUUAAUGAUGUUGAAGUGUGCAGAUGUCCACCAGGAUAUCGUGGAACGAGUUGCGAACAAUGUGACAAUCUUUACUAUCGUGAUGUAUACGAUCGAUCAGCAGGAUUACUUGGAACAUGCAAACAAUGUCCAUGUGAAAAUGCAGAAUCAUGCGAAAGUGGACCAAACCGACGAGUGCAAUGUCGUUGUCUUCCUGGAUGGACUGGAGAAUACUGCCGGGAUCGAGCUGGUGCACCACCCACACAACCGCCACCAUCGGUACGACCACCAACAAUCAAAGUUGUCAUUAACACGCCUCAAAUUAAGAUCGUUGAGAUUGGCGAAACAACUGAAUUCAACUGUAAUGGCUACUACAUUGUUAAUAAUGCACCAGUUACAAUUCGUUGGUACAAAUACGAAGGAGCUUUCUCUGAACGUGCAUUUGUUGAUGAUGGAACUCUCUACAUCCAAGACGCUCAAGUUGAUGACAGCGGUGUUUACAUUUGUCAAGCUCAAAUUGGAUCUGAAAUUGUUCGUGAUAAUGUCACUCUCACUGUUGGAGAUUCUGAAGGUUCUUCGCGUGCUCCUGAAGUUGUCGUUUCACCAGCAAUCAUCUCGCAAGAAGAAAACUCCGUUGCUGAACUUCGUUGCUCGGCAACUGGAUAUCCUGAGCCAAGAAUUCAAUGGUACAGACUUGAUGGUCAACCAUUGUCUUCGGAUGUUGUCAUUCGUGGUGGAUAUUUGAGAUUCAAUUCCUUGCGUAGAUCUGACGAAGGAACUUAUCGUUGUUACGCUCAAAAUAAUGUUGGCGAUUCUGAUCAAACUGUUCAAGUUUACAUUCGUCGAAGCCAACCGGAAGCUGAAGAAAUUUUCGUUUCCCCAGAUCGUUAUACUGGUGAACCGGGAGUAGAUGUUGUUCUUCGUUGCAGUUCAUCACCACCUGGUCGUGUAACUUGGACCAAGACAGGAGCUGUUGAGUUGCCACGUAACAUUUUUGUAUCAGGAGAAGAACUUACAAUCAGAUACUCAACUGUUGAUGAUUCCGGACGAUAUGUUUGUAACAUUCAAUUCGCAAGUGGCAAUCAAAGAUCUUCAUUUGCCGAAGUUUCAAUCGUCGCAAGAUCAAAUGAACAAACUCCAAGAAUCACUCCACUUGAGCGAACUUACACCGUCGUUCAAGGAAGUGAUUUUGAAUUAUCUUGUGAAUCAAGCGGAAGUCCCUAUCCAACAAUUGCUUGGUCAAUGAAUGGCGGACAGUUCGAAUCAAACGCAAAACAAACUGGAAACGUUUUGAGAAUCUUAAACGCUCGACCAGAAAAUAGCGGCGUUUACAUCUGUUUGGCAUCAAACAAUGCUGGAAGUGAUCAAGUUGCAACAAUUGUUGAGAUUGAACGACGUGAACCUCCAGUCAUUGAACUCUUCCCUAAGGAACCACAGAAUCUUAAAAUUGGAGAAUCAGCAAGAUUAAGUUGCCGCGUAACUUCGGGCACGCCAUAUCCAACAAUCACAUGGUCACGUCGUGAUGGACGUCUUCUCUCGACAAGAUUCUCUGAAGAUUAUCCAGGUGUCAUAACACUUCGUGAAGCAACUGUUGAAGAUUCCGGUACAUACGAAUGUAAAGCCAUUAACGCAGCUGGAGCAACAACACUUACAGCAACAAUUCAAGUUCAUCAAGUGCCUGUGAUUAUUCUCACACCCGACAGGCAAUCAAUUGAUCUUACUGAAGGUGAUGAAUUGAGAUUCAGUUGUUCUGCAGUUGGAAUUCCCGAUCCAACAGUUCAAAUUAAAGUACCUGACAAUUCAAAUGUUCGUGUGAAUACUCCAUACUUUGCCGCUGGCAGUGGUGGACGUCCAGAAGCUUCAAUCAGUCAUCCAAACAUUCAACGAUCUCAAAGUGGAUUGUAUGAAUGUAUUGCUAUCAAUGAUGCCGGUCAAGACACGAGAUACAUUCAAGUCAAUGUACAAGAGAAACGCGGUGAUGUCGGUGUUGAAGGAGAUGAUGGAGAAGACAAUGAAGUUGACUACAGACCUCGAAGACCAGAAGACAGAAGACCAGAUGACAGAAGACCAGAUGACAGAAGACCCGAACAACGACCAGAUGACAGAAGACCUGAACGACCAGAUGACAGAAGACCCGAACGACCUAACUAUCCACCAUACUAUCCACCAGCCGUUGAACCUGAAGGCACAGUCAUUGAUUAUCCACGAGGAAGUGAACAAUCUUCUUUCACAGUUCAUCUCGGUGAACGUGCUGAGUUCAAUUGUAAGGGAGAAGACAAUUCAAUGGCAACUGAAUGGCGUCGUGCUGAUGGACGACAACUUCCUUAUGGUUCGAGAAACUAUGGUGGUCAAUUGGUGAUCGAAAAUGUCAGAAAUGAUGCUGCUGGUAUUUACGAAUGCUACGCUUACGAUCAAGUUAGAAGACGACCAGUCACAUUACUCGUUGCCAAACUUAUUGUCGUUGCUGGUCCACCAAAAAUAACCUUCAGCCCUCCAAUGCCAAUCGUUGUUAAAGCUGGAGAAGAUGUUUUGAUUUAUUGUAACGCGACAGGUGAAGGUGCAUUGAAUGUUCAUUGGCAUGCAGAAGGUGGUCAUGAAUUACCAAUCUCGGUUGAUGUCAGUGGCAACUAUUUGAGAUUCAAUCGAAUUGCACCAGCUGAUGAAGGACGAUAUGUCUGUACAGCUUCCAGCAUCUAUGGAAAUACGACUAAAGUUGCAGAAGUCAUCGUCAAUAUCAACUCACCACCACCAGAAGAAUUGCCAAGUUACGGACGAACAAAAGAAGCUUAUGAAGGCGACACAGUUUCGCUGACUUGUUCAGAUGAUAAUCCACGAGGCAGAUUUUCGAGAUUUGAAUGGGAACGUGAAUACGAGAAACUUCCACCACUUGCUGAGAAUCGUGACAAUAUUUUGAUUCUCUACAACACUCGUUAUGAAGAUGGUGGUCGUUACAUUUGCAAGACGUACUCUGAAGACGGCAGAAUGACACAAAACUAUGUGGAUUUAAUUAUAAAGCCGCCAAUCCCAUUCUUGAAAUUGAACCCAUCAAGAUCAUUCGCAAAGCCUGGUGACACUGUAGAAGUUGAAUGUACAUCAUCAGUUGGACCACAUGUUAAAGUGACUUGGGAAAAGCCUGGAAAUCAACCAUUGCCAUACAACUUUGAGCAAUAUGGAAACAAUUUGAUUGUCAACAAUGUUCAAAAAGAAGACAGUGGAAAAUACAGUUGCGUAUGUUACACCGAUGAUGGUCAAGUGUACAUGAGCGAGUAUGAAUUGAAUGUCGAAGAUAAACCAGCCGAUAUUCAAGCACCGAAAGUUGAACAUGCUGAAGUUGGAGCGACUGUUGUUUUAAGAUGCAACUCAAGGAAACCUUCAACAACUUAUGCAUGGUCAAGACUUCAUGGAACGUUCCCACCGGACAUGGACACUUCUUCAGAAAUCUUGAAACUUAUUAACGUUCAAGCUAGCGAUGCUGGAACAUACAUUUGCACAGCAACAAACAACGGACAAUCUGUUGAAAUUCCAACAACUUUAGUUGUGACUGGUGCAAUUCCAUUCUUCCCUCAAUCACCAAGAAGUUACAUGAAGUUCCCGAAAUUCGAUCAAGCUUAUUCGAAAUUCAAUUUUGAGAUAACAUUCCGACCUGAACGACCAAAUGGUUUGAUUCUUUACAAUGGUCAACGUCGUGGUGGCGGUGAUUACAUUUCACUCUCACUUGAAGAUGGAGUUCCACAAUUCAGAUAUUCAUUUGGUGAUCAACAAGGCAUCUUAGCACCAGAAAAGGCAUUGACACUUGGUGAAUGGCAUACAGUCAAAGUGAAUCGUGUCCGAACAAAUGGAUGGAUGAUUGUUGAUGAUCAACAUCCAGUCACAUUCCCACCAAAUCAGAAGUUCCAAGGACUCAAUCUCGAAGAAGAAUUGUUCAUUGGUGGCGUUCCAAAAUACGAUCACAUCGCACCAACAGCAAGUGAUGUUAAAGAAGGAUUUGUCGGAUGUGUCAGUCGAUUAAUGUUGAACGAGCGUGAAAUUAAACUUAAUCAAGAAGCAAUUUUAAUUGAAGGAACAACAUCAUGCGAACCUUGUGCAGAUGAACCUUGCAUGAAUGAAGGUGUUUGCUUGGAAACUCAAACUGAACAUGGUUACACUUGUGUCUGUCAAGAAGGAUACACCGGAAAGAAUUGUCAAGUCGAAGGUUUCCAAUGUUCAUUAGGAGUUUGCGGUAUUGGACGUUGUGGAGAAACUGAAACAGGAAUUGAAUGUUAUUGCCCACUUAACCGAACUGGAGAUCGUUGUCAAUACAUCGAACACUACGAUGAUGGAAUUCUCUCGUUUAAAGAUGGAAGUUAUGCAGCAUACAACAAACUAACUGGAAAGAAGAACAUCAAAUUCAAGAUUCGACCUGAGACAGAUGAAGAUGGCGUCAUUCUUUAUGCUGCCGAGUCAGAUCGCGCUUUUGGUGACUUUAUUGCUGUUGUUGUUAAAGACAAGCAUAUUGAGUUCCGUUAUGUGGUCGGUGGAAAAGUCAUACCCGUCAUUAUUCGCUCUAAAGACCCAGUGAAAGUUGAUGAAUGGAUGGACAUUUCAGUGGGACGAUCACGUGCUGGUUUGGGAUACUUACAAGUCGAUAAUGAACCACAAGUUAACGAAGUUAAAGCUGGUGGACGUGCACAAACUUUGUAUCUGAAGUCAAACUUGUAUAUUGGUGGAUUUGACAGAAGAAAUGUUUUGAAUCAAGGUGUUGGUGUCACCAAAGGAUUCCAAGGAUGCGUUGCUGGGUUGGAAAUUGCUGGAAAAGGCGUUGAUAUGAUUGCUGACAUGAUUGAAUCUGCUAAUGUUCAAAAUUGUGGACAUCAAAUCGUUGGUGGCGAAGAUGAAUCGUCUGGAGAAGCUGAAACUUCAACAAAUGUCCCAGCACCAAUUUGUCGACCUGGUUACACAGGACGUUCUUGUGACAUCAUAAGUGACAUUUGUCUCGCGAAUGAACCUUGCGAACAUGGAGGAAUUUGUACAACAAUGCCAGACAAUAAUUAUCACUGUGAUUGUACUUUAGGAUACACGGGAGAAAAUUGCCAACACAUGGUCGCACUUAAAACUAAAGCUCGUUUCAAGGGCGAUGGAUAUCUUGAAUUAAAUCGCAGCACAAUCGCCACCAGUUCAUCACAAUUAUCAAGUGGAUUGGCUGUUCUCUUCUCAACAAAGGAGCCUAAUGGUUUGAUCCUUUGGUAUGGUCAAGAGAGAGGAAAAGGAUUCAAUGGAGAAGAUUUCCUGUCAUUAGCUGUUAAUGAUGGAAUUUUAGAGUUUACCUUCCGAAUUGACGAUGAAGAAUCAGUCAUCAAACAUCAUUCAGUACCAGUCAUACCAAAUCGACGUCACAUUGCAAUUCUCAAGCGUACAGCAAAUCAAGCCAGUCUUGAACUCGAUGGCUUCACAGAAUAUGGAGAGACGCCGAGACCGACUGAGAAGAAUGAAAUAUUCUUAGCUGGCCACGUCUUCUUGGGUGGAGCACCUGAUCUUAAGAGAUUCACUGGUGAACGUUACAGUAAUGGAUUCAUUGGAUGCAUUCACACUGUAGAGCCGAUUUUAGGUGGAGCUAUACAAUUAGGAGAGAAUACAAUUAGCUCCUUGAACGUCGAUGAUUGUUCACCCGACAACGAGGAAGAAGAUGAUGAUGACGAUUUCUUUGGCACAGAGCCUCCAGUCGUUUAAGUUUAAAAAAUAAAAUUAAAAACAAAAGUUUCCGAUAAACUUUCAAACUAAAGUGAAAGAGAUAAAAAAUGUAUUCAAAAUACUAAUUACCGUCAUUGAAAUUGUUUGAAGGAAGAAUUUUUUUGUCAAUUUGUGCCAAAUUCUCAUUGAAGUAGUUCAUAAGAUUUUUAAAAAUAUUUUUGAAGAGAAUGAAUCUUAAUUUCACUGCCUUUAGUUCCCUUUUUUGCAUUUCUAUGCUUGUCUCCUUUUUCGGGUCAAGCCCUUGUUAUUGAAUUUUUAAUUAAAAUAUUCAUUUCUAUGACAUUCAAGCCUCGAAUAAAUAUUUUCAAUUCUUCUUAAGAAAGUGCCAUUAAUUUAAAACUUUUAUUCGUCGUUUCGUUGACAAGUUUAAAUUUUUGUUGAGGUGCUAUGACAUCGUUCAAAAUUCUUAAUCUCGCAAUAUUUGUCUAUUAUCAAAGUCAUAUCAAAAGUCAUGGACUGGCAGCAACUUUAACAAUUUCUAAACUUGCUCUAAUUUCCUUCUCCAACUUUAAAUAAAUUUUGAGUUAAUUAGAAACCAGUCUUUGACGAUUGCUACCAAAAACAAAUAAAAUUUCAAUUUUCCCCUAAAUCAUUCUUUAUUUGAUGUUGCAUUUUAUGUACAGAAUCUUUAAAGGAAAUUUCAUUUUAAUGGAAAUUCCAUCUUCGUUUUGGAUAUUUUUUAUUAAACAUGAUCAAACAGAAGAGUUUAAAAUAAAGAAAUACGAUUUGUAUCACUUGAAAGAAAAGAAUAAAAAGAAAUUGACAAUAAACGAAGUUAUUAUCAACAGAAAUA